AUGAAUCGAUUGAAUAUUCUUCAUCGAGAAUGUACUCGAAUCAAAGAACAAGGUGUAUCACUCACCAAUGAACAGUUAACAACAUCUUUUGACACCAUCGUAUCCGAACUGAACAAGAACAAUUUAUUAUUUCAUGUUGCAACAAUACAAAAUAUAGUUACUUCCAUCUUAGUUUUCUCUCGCAAUAAUCGGAAAAUUUUCGAAUCGAAUCUACUCGAUCAUCAGCUUUUUUGUAUUAUUCGCGAUUCUUAUGUAAAUAUCUUAUGUCAAUGGCGAAGAGGUCAAAUACUUGAUAAUUCUUCUCGUGAAAUUUUCUCUCAAGUAUCUGUCAUGUUUGCUGAUAUUUGUUUUCGUGCUACUAAUACCGAUGUGAAUCCAUUGAAACAACUUCUAAUUCAUAAGAAUCUUAUUAAUGAACUCAAAGAAAUUCUUUCUGAAAUUGCAACAACUGGUAAACAUUUGCACGAUACCUACAUUGAAGCUAUCGAUUACAUGCUUCGAGCAAUCUACUGUUUACAGAAAGGUCGAAUCGAAAUUCAAAAGGAUUCGUUACUCUAUGCAUUACUCAUUGCCGUUGUCAAGUGUGUAUGUUCAAUCUAUUUCAUUAAUAUGUUCAAGAAAGUAAUUCGAGUGGAACAACUCGAUAAGGCACAGACAUUUCUACUUGAUACAUGCACCGAUUACAUCUGUUGGCACGAAACUGAUCAAUAUAAUGAGACAUGUCUCUUAGUUCGAACUGCUUUAUUGAGAGAUUUGACCACGUGGCUAGAGGAUCAGGCGCUCUCUUUUCGACAAUGGAGCAAAAUAGCGAUUAAAAUUAUGGGUCAAUUAUAUAUUACACUUAUUCAUGGAAAUGCUCAAGAUAACGAUACUUAUACGCAAGAUAUUCGUAAUGAUUAUUGUAAGAUGAUUGACAUCUUUUUUAUGAUUCUUGACCUUAUAAUAAAAUCGGGUACGCCCAAUGAAUCUACUAAAGCCUUGACGAAAGUUUUGACUCAAGGCCUAUAUUCACUAACAAUGACUAGUGAUUUACGAUCAUAUAUUAAAAGUAAACAAAUAAUUUCCUUAUUAUUAAAAGUGAGUAAUAUUGAAGAUGAAAUGACACAAUUUAAUGUCUAUCGUAUUUUGGCUUCAAUUAUGACUGAGGAAGAUAUAAAAACAUUAGCAAAUCCGAGUGCUAUUGCCAAUGUUUUCCUUACAUUUCUUACAAAACUUAUCGAUGAUUCAAGUAUGAUACCACGAUUUCAUAAUUUACUUCGUAGUCUUAAGAUCUUGGUUCAACAUGACCAAAUUAAAGAAAAUGUAACGAAACAAGGAAUGUUGCCACUUCUCAUUCGUUGUGCAACGCAGACUAAAUUUGAUUCUGUCAAAGCACGACAACCAGCUCUUGAGAUCUUGCUUACUCUUACAUUCAACGAUGAAGCAGCUCGUCAACUUAAACAAAACUCAGAAUUCAUUACGAAUCUGAAAACAAUAUUAACCACAUCGACUGAAUCAGGUUUGAAAAGAGUGGCCGAAAGUCUCAUUUGGAAAUUAGAAAAAGAAGAAACAGCUAUUGCAAUGUCCCAUUCAAUAGAAUCUACGAUUUACACAUAUGAUAUUAUGUUGAGCUACUCACACAGUGAUCGGGAUCUAUGUUAUCGUAUUCAUGAUCGUCUUAUCAAAGACUCUUUUCGCGUAUGGCUCGAUCGAGAUUAUAUGCACGGAGGAACGAUGAUUGCAAUGGCUAAUGCUAUUGAAAAUUCGGAAUUUGUACUUAUCUGUAUGUCAGAUGCAUACAAACAAAGUGCUUAUUGUCAAUCCGAAGCACAUUAUGCUUUUGAACGUCGAUGCUGUUUAAUUCCACUCGUGAUGAAAUUAAACUAUCGACCAGAUGGAUGGUUAGGCAUGAUAGCUACUGGAAAGAUGUAUAUCGAUUUUCCAAAACUCGGAUUCGAUAUUGCUUAUGAUAGAUUGAAAAAUGAACUCGAUCAUUGUCGAAAGAAACGAAAUCGUUCGACUUCAUCGAUGAAACCCAUACAACAUAAUGUAGCAUCGACAGCAAAAACAACAGAACUCAAGAAAUUAAUCACAACAUCCAAGUUUGACGAUCACUUACGGCUAGUUAAGGAUUAUCCACAUGAUAUUAAUCUUUGGACAAAGGACCAUGUUCAAUCAUUUCUUAUCAACGAGAAACUCGAUAGUCUGAUGCCUGUUUUAGGCAAUAUGAACGGACGUCUUCUUCAUGAAACAUACAAAAGAUGCAAAGCAAACUGGGAACCAUUAUUUCAAAUAUUUAAAUCUGAAGUGGCGGCCGACAAUGAACAAAAAAUUCUUACUAUCGAGACUUAUAUUCGUUUUCUUGACGAAAUCGAAAAGUAUAUUCCAAUGGUGCCAGAAGAUAUUUCACAGUCUUCGUCUCCAACAUCUACUGUUUGCAAUCUUAUCUGA